UGGGGAGAAACGGAAACAACCGUGGCAGAACGCGAAGAGAUUAGUGUCGCGUCGCUAGUAGGGACUUGGUGUGGUCAGGCGUCUGUCACUUCUACGUAGCAGCGUUUGCCCAAAUAUCACCGUAAAAUGGGAACAGCCGGCUGUAUUUUUUUGUACUACGACCUUGUAUGAAUGUGUCCCGUAAUGCGACCGAAAAGAGUUGCCUUUUGGGGGUUACCUUGAUGUUUUGGGACGUUUUUUUUUUUUUUACGGGAGUAGCUAGUUGCUAGUGCUGGCUAGCGGCUGUUCUGGCUACUUGGAACCUAUUUUUGCAAGGAUGCUACGAUGGAUACGACAGCAGCUGGAAACCGGAUUACCUGGAGAAGACCCACGCAGGCACGAGGAGAACAUGCAAACUCCACACAGGGAUUUGACCCCCCCCAUCAAAGUGACACUAGGACAGUUUAUGUAGCAAACCGUUUCCCCCAGCAUGGUCACUAUAUACCUCAACGUUUUGCUGACAACAGAAUCAUAUCAUCAAAGUAUACUGUUUGGAAUUUUGUCCCCAAGAAUCUGUUCGAGCAGUUCAGAAGGAUAGCCAACUUUUACUUUCUCAUCAUCUUCCUUGUACAGUUAAUGAUUGACACCCCGACUUCCCCAGUCACAAGCGGUCUGCCUCUUUUCUUUGUGAUCACAGUAACUGCCAUAAAACAGGGCUACGAGGACUGGCUGAGACACAAGGCUGACAAUGAGGUGAAUGGGGCUCCUGUGUUUGUUGUUCGCAGCGGAAGCCUGGUCCAGACAAGAUCCAAAAACAUAAGGGUGGGGGAUAUUGUACGUGUGGCUAAAGAUGAGACAUUUCCAGCUGAUCUGGUGUUGCUGUCAUCAGACCGUUCAGAGGGCACCUGUCACAUUACCAGUGCCAGCCUCGAUGGGGAGACUAAUCUCAAGACACACUACUCUACGGCAGAGACAGCUGUAUGUCAGUCGGUGUCCCAACUUGAGACCUUGCAGGCUGUGGUGGAGUGUCAGCAACCAGAAGCUGACCUGUACAGGUUUGUUGGUCGAAUAACAGUGACUCACCAUGGAGAGGACAUUGUCAGACCACUAGGUCCGGAAAACUUGUUGCUACGAGGGGCCAGGUUGAAAAAUACCAAAGAGAUAUUCGGUGUAGCAGUUUAUACAGGGAUGGAGUCAAAAAUGGCCCUCAACUAUAAAUGCAAGUCUCAAAAACGCUCUGCAGUAGAAAAAUCUAUGAAUACCUUCCUAAUCAUCUACCUGGGCAUCCUGCUGUCCGAGGCUGUCCUCAGUACCGUUCUAAAGUAUGCAUGGCAGGCUGAGGACAAAUGGGACGAGCCUUUCUACAACCUAAAGACUGAUCAAGAGAAAAACAGCAGCCCGAUCUUGAAAUUCAUCUCAGACUUCUUGGCAUUCCUGGUUCUCUACAAUUUCAUCAUUCCCAUCUCACUAUAUGUUACUGUGGAGAUGCAGAAGUUCCUUGGGUCCUUUUUCAUAGGCUGGGAUUUAGACCUUUACCAUGAGGAGAGUGACCAGAAAGCUCAGGUCAACACCUCAGACCUCAAUGAAGAGCUCGGGCAGGUGGAGUAUGUGUUUACCGAUAAGACAGGCACGCUAACAGAAAAUGAAAUGCAAUUCCGUGAGUGUUCGAUCAAUGGAAACAAGUAUUGGGAAGUGAAUGGCAAACUGGUACCCGAGGGUCAAACUAAUGAUUCACCCGAUGGCUCUGCACCUAAUUUGGUUAGAGAGGAAUUGUUAUUUCUCAAAGCGGUGUCACUGUGCCACACAGUCCAGAUCAACUAUGACCAGCCAGACUGCCUCUCUGCAGCAGGAGACCCAUUCUCCCAUGUUAACGGGUUUUUGUCCAAUGAAAUGGAAUAUUAUGCUUCUUCGCCAGAUGAGAAAUCUUUAGUAGAGGCAGCAAAGAGAAUUGGUGUGACCUUUACUGGUAUCAGUGGUGAUACAAUGGAAAUCAAAAUAUUCGGCAAACCAGAGAAAUAUAAAUUGCUCCAUGUGUUAGAAUUUGAUGCAAACCGCAGAAGGAUGAGUGUCAUACUAGAGACCCCUUCAGGUGGCAAAGUUCUGUUUACCAAGGGAGCAGAGUCAUCCAUUCUUCCUUUCGCCACUAGUGGUGAGAUAGAAAAGACAAGAAUUCACGUAGAUGAGUUUGCCUUGAGAGGGUUGCGGACCCUAGUAGUAGCUUGUCGCCACUUCAGCCCAGAGGAGUAUGUGGAAGUGGACAGGCAUUUGAACAGUGCCCGCACUGCGCUGCAGCAGAGGGACGAGAGACUGCAAGAGGCCUUCAACUACAUUGAAAAAGAUCUGCAACUCCUUGGAGCAACAGGGGUGGAAGACAGGCUCCAAGACAAAGUUCAGGAGACCAUUGAGGCUCUGCGUCUGGCAGGAAUUAAAGUGUGGGUGCUGACAGGCGACAAACAUGAGACAGCAGUCAGCGUCAGCCUGUCCUGUGGUCACUUCCACAGAACCAUGAACAUCCUGGAGCUCCUACAGCAACGCUCUGACAAUGAGUGUGCCGAGCAGCUCCGUAGACUGGCUAGAAGGAUAAAAGAGGACCAUGUCAUACAGCAUGGAUUGGUUGUGGAUGGAGCCAGUUUAUCUUUAGCACUAAGGGAACAUGAAAAGCUCUUUAUGGAAGUUUGUAAAAACUGUUCUGGUGUGCUUUGCUGCCGCAUGGCCCCGCUACAGAAGGCAAAGGUGGUGCGUCUUUUAAAAAGCUCUCCAGAGAAACCAAUCACCUUAGCUAUUGGAGAUGGCGCCAAUGAUGUCAGUAUGAUUCAAGAAGCCCAUGUUGGCAUAGGAAUUAUGGGAAAGGAAGGUCGCCAGGCUGUGAGAAACAGUGACUAUGCAAUUGCCAGAUUUAGAUUUCUGGCAAAACUACUGUUGGUCCAUGGUCACUUCUACUAUAUUCGAAUAGCCACACUUGUACAAUACUUUUUCUAUAAGAAUGUGUGUUUUAUCACGCCCCAGUUUUUAUACCAGUUCUUCUGCCUGUUUUCACAGCAAACUCUGUAUGACAGUGUUUAUCUGACACUGUACAACAUCUGCUUUACCUCACUGCCCAUCCUGGUGUACAGUCUGUUUGAACAGCUUGUUCAUCCACACGUCCUGCAGAGUAAACCAGUCCUAUACAGAGACAUCGGCAGGAACUCUUUGUUAUCUUUCCGAACAUUCCUCUAUUGGACUAUCUUGGGGUUCUGUCAUGCUUUUGUCUUUUUCUUUGGAUCCUACAUACUGAUGGGCGAAGACACCACACUUAUGGGCAACGGUCAGAUCUUGCGAGCUAACAGGCAGCUGAUGUUUGGUAACUGGACUUUUGGAACGUUGGUCUUUACAGUCAUGGUCAUCACUGUCACUUUAAAGCUUGCAUUGGAGACUCAUUUCUGGACCUGGAUGAACCAUUUUGUGACAUGGGGCUCAAUAGCCUUCUAUUUCAUCUUCUCUCUCUUCUAUGGAGGAAUCAUCUGGCCAUUCCUGCACACCCAGGAUAUGUAUUUUGUGUUUGUCCAACUGCUGUCCAGUGGCUCUGCCUGGUUCGCUAUCAUCAUCAUUGUCAUAACGUGCCUCUUUCCGGAUGUUCUGAAGAAGGUGUUCUACCGACAUCUGCAGCCCACCAGCACACAGAAAAGUCAGUCUUUAUCAGCCCCCCAGGCCCAGGCCCUCGGCUGUGUGGAGUCCUUGUGCUGCUACCAACAUGGGCGGAGCGGCUGUUCCCGCCUGGUCCACUUCCUGGAGCAAAUGACUGGACGAUGCCCAACCACCAGCAACCUUUGCGACACGUCCAGCCGCAGCAACAGGUGUUGGACUGACGCAGACAACUUCUACUCCAACGAUCGGAGUGUCCUGACGCUGUCUCCAAUCGAGGUCACCCACUGCUGAGAUGACCCCCCCCCCCCCAAACACACACACACACAACAGCUCAACUGGAGCUGCUAGUGAAGCCAAAGGACAGUUGUGCACCUUAAAACCGUUGAAGGUCCUCAGCAGCAUGAGAACAUUUGAGGAAACAACUCUGCUUGAAGGACAUUAAACACUCCAUGAAAAGUACAUUGAGAGUUUAUUCCAUAUCCUUGAUGUCCAGUAAGGUCAGUAUACCAGUAUACUCUGUCCUCACUAGUCGAACAACUGUGUUACUAGUAAAGUUCCCCCCCACUGCUGCUCUCCCCUUUAGCGCAUUAUGCGUACUAGUAGUUCAACUACAUGUCGCUAGAGAGGCAAAACUCUGCGCUAGUUGGCUUCUGCACACUACGAGUAAUAAUCAAACGCUCAAUGUUAAUAGAAUUUUGUCACUAGUUGACAUCUGUGCUACUACUCCACUAGAGAAGUGGUAGAUGUUAACUUGUAGAAUUUGGUCACUAAUUAUACUAGUUGAGAUCGGUGUCUAACUAGUUAAGUGCAAAACGCUAAAUAGUAAAAUUGUAUAAAGUCAGAAGUAGUACUAGUCGACAUCUGCGUACUAUUUGUGAAGCACUGAUGUUAACUAAUACAUUUUCAGUAGUAGUACUACCAGCACUAGAUGUUAACUUGUAGAAUGUCACUGGUAGGGCUAGUUGACAUCUGCACACUAGUAAUACUACCAGUGAAGAUCUUGAUGUUAACUAGAAGAAAAGUGUCACUAGUAGUACUAGUUAACAUCAGUGUUACUCAUGAAACCAUCGGAUGUUAACUAGUAGAAUUUCAUAGUCACGGGUAGCAGUUGUUGACAUCUGUGGAUUACUGGUACAACCGAUUCGACUGUGAAUUUCUACUUGUCGCAGUAGAAAUUUGUGACUAAAAGUACUAAUUGACAUCUGUGUGCUAAUAGUGAAGCACUCGAUAACUAUCAGAAUUUUAUCAUCUCACUAGUAGUACUAGUUGACAUCUGCGCGCUACACGUGAAGAUUUGUGCAGAAAAUUCAUACAGUAGUAGAGUCAGUAGUGGAAAAACGAACGUUACUAGUGAGACAUUUGUUUUACUGAAUUGUCUAGUGAAGACAAGAGUGUACUAGUACAUAUGGACCUUAAGUUCACACUCUUCCGCACUCCCGUCAGUCAUUUACUGAUCUCAGUGGGACUCCCAACAACGGGAAGCAUUUGAACGAGCCGCCACAGGACUCGCUUGCGUCGUGUCUCUUCCAAAAAAAUAUGCUCGCCUAUGUGGCGCCAACCUGCACAUUCAUGUUUGUAAUAAAUGCAGCAAGGGCCCAGCAGUUGCGUCAACAUCCUCUCGUUCCUUUGGACCACCGCUGCUGGCCAAGCCCAAAUCCUUCAUGUGGACCUCCAUGUCGAUACCAAAGAGAUGCGUUCUUUCUGUGCCUACUUGCACACACGCUUGUGCUGCUUUCUCGUCCUGACUCAGUGUAUUGAUGAAGCCAUAGGUUGUUUUCCACCCAGGAAGCCCCCUUCUUAUUUUUCAAUGAUUGAAAGUACUGUAAAUAGAUGGAGGCUGUUAUGUUUAUUGCCUUUUUUUCCCUCAGCUUGGCCACAAAAGGCAUCUGUAUAUUUCAACACCGUGAGGCUCCAUCCUUCCCUUCCUUAAUGUCCAAUCAAACGUGGUUCGGAAUGGUCAGACGCCUUCAGUAGUCACGGACACUUGACAGACGAAUGUUUCAGUCUAUAAUAAGAGUUUGAACGGCAUCACACGUCAAAGUCAUCUCGUUCAUUCUUCAGUCAUGCUUUAUUUCAUUUGUCAGCAUUCGUAUGUGCGCGUUUCGUCCCACCUGGCGAUGACACCUGUGCGUGUGCAAUGGUCACGUUGCUUGUGUUUUGUUUGUGUGAAAAUAGAAAAAUAAAUCAGGACAUCUGAGUUCAGAAACCAUACAAGACAACCGUUUUAAACUUGUCUACUGGCACAUGACAAGAGUUAGGAUGCUUUUGUUGCUAUGGUUACUUUUGAAAGAUAAGUCCAUCUUCCGUUGGAAAACAACCGAAUUGCAGUGUUUCUGCUGUCUGUUCGGUUCUUUUGGUGAAAUGAUUGCUCGCUUGUUUCCCUGUUCAUUUUGUUUGUUCCGUAGUAGCAAUAUAUAAGUGGGAGUUUCUUCAUGGCCUCAUUGCAAUUUGAAUGAAAUAUUAGGUACGACCAUAUUGUUGAAUUUAACCAAAGUUCUACUUUUCCACGUGUACCUCCGGCCAUGCUGAUCAUUAUAUAUGCUUUCAACCAGUUGACCUCAUUGUAGUAGUUAAAAGCAUUGCAAGAUAGACUGAUUGCAAUCUGCUGUAGUUGAAAGGGCCACGGUGGUUUUUUUGUUGCACAUAAAGGUCAAUUUUAUGUUUUACGAGUCUGACAAAUGCUUGUCAUUUUUCUUUUUUAAUCACAACCAGUGGGCUGAACGCUUAGAUAUAUCAACCUGUGAUAUUUCUAAAUUAAAACCAUUAAGAAGCUAAGGCUCUAGUUACUAAAUAUAGUUUGAAUAUACAAAAACAUUCCUUUGAAAGUCAGGUGAAUUAUACAGGAUAUGUUAAAGGGUUCAAAGGUGUGUUUUUCCAUUCCUCAGAUGAGGAGCCAAAUACAACAUAUAUCCUUUUUAUUUGUAAGUCAUCAAGGAGAACAGGAGACUGUUUGGGCACCACAUAAGGAUCCAAAGCUAUUUCUCGGAGUCGAUUAUUCAACCAUGUAAUUAAAUGCUUUCACCACACCUGAUCAUCUGAAGUGCUUUCUAAUUAACCAGUGAUCUCUUGGUCGUGGUGCAGUAGCAUCUACUGAAGACAAGUAGAAUUAUACGGGAAGGAAUUCCUGUUCUAUGAAUGCGGCUUGCAAUUAUAGUUCCCAUGUGUUCUACUGGGUGCCUCUAAUGUGACAUAACAGUGUCAGUGAACCAGAACUGCUCAAUUCAUUUGGGGGGAAAAUCAAAAUGUCCCCAUCACAAGGGAGGAAUGGGCCUUUUUCAAUUUGUUUUGGAACAAAUUCAGACUAAAUUAAAUAAGAUGGCCAAAUGAAAAUGUCAACCAAUCUGUGUUAUGCAUUAAAACACAGCUGAUGUGACUCAGCAUGUUAACUGGAAAUCAUUUUCAUUCAUGCAAACCAACAUCACUCCUGUGGACUGUCAUUCCUCUUGUCUGUAAUACUGUCUUACAGCGGUUUAUGAAAAUGCUGUUCUAUUUAUGUAAUAAAUAAAUUUUUAAGAAGCA